GUACCUUGACCCAUGACACUCACAGUCUGAAAAGCCAUUCUCAUAAUACAAUUUCAAACUUGUCUCUAAAAUAAAUUCUCUCAUCUCAUCGUGAAACUAUUCCCACAUCACCACCACUCAACAUCUAAACCAGCGGCGGCGAGCCACCAUUGUCCACGACCAACAUCGCUCGUGUUCCUCAAUCUUCUCUCUACUCUGUGCGUCUGACUUUCUCCAUUUUCUGUUUGAUUUGCUGUGCGAUUUCUGUACGAUUUCACCACCACGACCCUUCAUCUCGGAGAUUCGAGCGGUGAAGGCAACAUUAGCAAGUUUUCAACCUGUGCUCUUCAAUGGCUUUGUCUUCUUCAAUUCGAAUUGUUAUCGUCGGUGAUGUGCAUGAUUGCUGGAACUUUGAACAAGAUUCCAAGGCACUUCAGUUUCUCCAACCAGAUUUGGUGCUCUUUACAGGUGAUUUUGGUGAAGAAAAUCUUGAAGUCGUUCGGAGUGUUGCAAAUAUUGAAUUUGCUAAAGCAGUUAUAUUAGGAAACCACGAUUGUUGGAGUACUAAGAAGUUUUCUCGCAGUGAGAAGGAUAAAGAUAAAGUUCAACUUCAGCUAGAAUGUCUUGGCAAGGAGCACGUGGCUUAUGAACGUUUAGAUUUACCUCUGAUACAAGUAAGUGUUGUUGGUGGACGGCCAUUUUCUGUUGGGGGUAAAUCAUUAUUUCGAAAUAAGUUGUUGUCUGCAAGAUAUGGAAUCAAAGACAUGGAUGGGAGUGCCAAGAAAAUCCAGAAAGCUGCUCUUGGUACACCGGAGGAUCAUUUUCUUAUAUUACUUGCACAUAAUGGACCCACAGGCCUUGGAUCUGGUUUGAAUGAUAUAUGUGGAAAAGAUUGGGAAUUGGACGGCGGUGAUCAUGGUGACCCAGAUCUAGCAUGCGCGAUAUCCUUGCUAAAAGAGAAUAAUCAGAUAUCUAUUCCAUUGGUUGUGUUCGGCCACAUGCACAAAGAGCUGGCGCAUGGCAAUGAAUUUAGGAAAAUGAUUGUCGUUGGGACCGACAACACCAUAUACUUGAACGGGGCCAUUGUUCCAAGGGUCAAAAGUUUUGGUGAUGAUAACAAGAGAAGCUUAGACGAUGAAAGUUCUCUUUCCUCACCAGAGGCAAAAGGUACGACAAGAGCCUUUACUUUAGUUGAGCUGUCCAAAGGAAGAGUUACUAGAGUUGCAGAAAGUUGGGUAUCGGUUGUUGAAGACAAGACCACAUUAAAAGAAGAACAUAUAUUAUUUGAAGGCAAUUAAUGUAACAGAAACACGAACCAAAGCUUUGCCUUGGAAUUGCUUGUGUGCACUUUUGGACAGAUUUGGUCGCCGCCACACUGCUGCUGAAUUGCUUGCUUCUGGAAAUCCUAAUAAACUUACUGUUUUGAUCUAUGCCACUGUCCAAAAGAUUGUUUUUGAUACAACAGGUGCACACAUUUAUAAGAUGUUUUAUAAUGCAAAAUUUAAUACUUGAUGAGAUUAGAGUUUAUUCUUUUA